UUGGCGUGACUGACGCGCGGUCAUUGGGUGAGCGUGAAGCUAAGUGUUUUAUACAGUAAAAAAGAUAACACGUCGACAACAACAACAGCAACAGCUGCACCCGUAUGAGGCUCACUAAAGACACAGUCUUACUUUCCGGUUUCACACUAUAACGAUUGAUCAGGGCACUCCCAGCACCUCAUCCGCCAGCACUGGGACCAUCAACAGCUCCAUCUCUGCAGGUGCUGGAGUGCACUCCUGGCGGCGAGGCGCACCUGCUUCAAGCUAGUGGAGCAUUACUUAAGGGGAGCGUGGGUGUGAUCUCGUCGCCAGAUGAUCUCUUGUCAUUCUGCCGGUAACGGUGUAUGUUGGUAUUGUGCCUAAGUUACUUUGUGACUUAACUGCUAUUCUGAUUUUGAUUGCUUCCAGUUGCUACAAAUUAUUAGUCUGUGGGAGUGGAAUACCUGAUUUACCAGUGACUUUGUGGGGUUUUGCCAUUCUGACUUUGAUUGCUACUUUGCGUUAUGAACUGUUUGCCAGUGUUUUGAGAUAACCAUUUUUUUUUUUCCUGUAACCUGGUUGGCUCCGGCCAUUCUGAUUUUGUGUGGCAUUCUGUGCGAGGCCCGUGAACUGUUUUCUCCAUCCGAGAGAAGUAGGUGCUCCUCACGUCUUCCUUCAACAUCCUCUGUCAUCACCUGUCAGCCGGACCCGCCACCUCCACCACCCAGACUCCUCUCACCGGGCCAGCGAUCUCCUACGCCAGCUCCUGCCUCCUUGGACUGCUUUCCCAGCCAGCAGCGCUCUCCGGCCUAAAGCCAGCACCCACCUAUAUUCAGGUCCUCUGUUUUAAUACUCGAUACAGACUCUAUCUCCGUAUAUCUGUUAUCCUCUCUCACACGCUCAUCCUCUGUUUCAACAUAGUGCGCUGCACCUCUCCUUCAACCCCAGGUUGCUCCUGUAGUGGUCCAGUCAAUACAGCGUUCCCAGCUGCCCGAGAUCCACUGCAAUAUCUUCGUAUCCGGUCCUUGUUGAUUCCUCAUUUCAAUAUCCAUUAAAUUUCAUAUUUUUCUAAGCCUGAGUGCGAGUUCUGCAUUUCUGAGUCCCCUCUGGUUGUUGUGAUACGGCUAGCCAUAACAAAUCUAUGCAGAAAACCAGGAAAUUACAAACAGUGCCAUUACUUUUUCUUGUGACUGUAUCUGCUAACCACCUUUUAGAAAGCUUUUUUGGUCGCCUAGCAACUGGUGCCCAUCAUGUGCGUGAUUUGCGCGUAUACACCCUCCUACUGCGCUGCGCCCAAUCCCUGCAGCGAGCGCAGCGUAUUCCCCAUCCUAUCUGAAAACCUUUUAAUUCUCCAGAUCCCCCAAUGGCUGCAAACUUCACGAUUUCAGACAGUGAAUCAGAGUCUUCGGAGGAGGUAGAGGAAGGAAAACACAGCCAAUCAUCAACUUCGCAAGAACAACAGGUUCCUCCAUGCCACAGCCUUACCUUACCUGAGCUCAGAAUGGCAGCAACCAGUCGAAACAGGGUGAGCUCGGAGUCCAAUGCUUCCACUGUCCAGGAUGCCAAGUCAGAUGAGGAGGCUGGUACACCCACAGACGGAGCUCCAUUCCGGGGACGGUCCAAGUCAGCUCCCCCUGCUCUGUGGGCAGCAAAGAAAUAUGGCCGGCAGCUCCGAAGGAUGAGCGAUGAGUUUGACAGUCUGCUGGACAAAGGGGAGAUGAAGAGGGUGAGGAGUGCCGGGGCGGCCAGCCAGAUGCACCACUCUAAAAGCUGGUGGAGCUACCUCUUUAGUCAUCAGGAGACAGAGGGAGAGAACACCCACCAUGAAAACGCGGCGCUGGCUCAGGAGGUAGAGCGGGUCGUUUCCUAACCGGAGGAUUAGCGGUUUGAUUCCCGGCUUGUCCAAUCAACAUGUUGAGGUGUCCUUGAGUAAGACACUAAACCUGAGGGAUGGAGAGAGCAUCUGGGAAUGAGUAGUCAGCAGUGGGAAGCCAUGAGAAUUGUGGUGAAAACAAGGAGACCUGUGCUGAGUAGUGACAGAAGAAGAGAAAGAUCCAAACACAAAGACAUGGCUAAGUGGGACAAACAGUAAACAGAACAGAGUUCCAAGAUCCUUGACAUUAUUUACAUGUCAGUGGUAACUACAUUUCUAUACAUUUGUGUAUUUGUGUUGGUGGUGAUGUAAACAACAUUGUCAGGCAGCCAACUGUGAAAUGGUAAAAGUGAAACAAGUGAUGAGGAGAUGUUGGCUACCUGAACCCUGUUAAAAGACAGAUAACGGAUCAGCCAAGAAAUGAGAGAUGAUCUCACAAAGAAAGAAUAAUAAGGGGGUUUGAGAGGUGAACGCUCAGUUAACAGAUCUCUCACAUCAACACUAUGCAAUAUAUUGUAGAUGGAGAGAUAAAUGUGCUGAAAUCAAAAGCCCUGACUAUUUGAGGCCACCUUGAAUACUGUUAAGAAUUUCCUCAUUUUCUUCAGGAAAUUACUAAUGUUACUAAUGCUUGGUUUGCUGUUUGUGCUUAACAAACUCAUGGAGAUCACAAAUUUUGUGCCAUAAUAAGGUUCAGGCAACAGAGGAGAAUAUGAAAAAUGAAGGAUUUUUAAAAAAAUUCUUUUUAGGCCUUUCUCCAGCUUCCUGUUCUACUUACUACCUGCAAGCCAGAACCACUAAACCACUGUACUCGACUAUCAUUAACUGCUUUAUAUCUGAUAUUUAUAAACAGUAGAACAAUCUUGUACAAGGACAAUCUCUGAUGAUGCAGAAACUAUCUUUUGUAAAACUUCAGGGUUAAAUUUUCUCUAAAGAUAAUGGCAUUAAACAUAGAUAUAGAAAAAGCACAAACCAAUAUGAAUCUAUCAUUUUAAAACCAUGGAUGAGCAAAAAAAUGUUGGAAUUUUGUGUGUAAAUAUUUUAAUAUUUUAUCCAAUGGCAGGGGUUAGGGGAAUUAAACAACGUAGCAGAGCCAGAAUUUGUUUUACAAGGUUAUCAUGCUAUUUAAUAAGUCUGGCUAAUCUAGCAACAGGCAGCGUGCAAUCCAUGGAUUUUGUGAUAAAUUUAUGUGUGUGCUUAAAGAUGAGGGUGGCGUUGGAGUAACUGGUGUAUAAGGAGCGGACACACGUGCCUCUGGCCCUUUUUACUCAGUACCCAGUACCCAGCAGAUUUAAGAUCAAGAUCAUCAAAGAUCAAAGAUUUUUUAUUGUCAAUUCACUAUAUAUGCAGGACAUACAGAAAAUCAAAAUACCGUUUCUCU